AGACUGGUUCAGUUUCACUGGGAACAAAAUUAACUGCUGCACUGACAUUUAGCAUGGCAACCGCCGUUGAACGUUAUCGAAGAAGAACAUUUAGUAUGAAUGGAAACUGGAUGCGAAUGAGCUUGCUAUCAUUUUGAGUGGACUGGUGAAUGCUAGUCAAUUUAAUCUGGGGAUAUAAACCAUACUAAGUUAUUUAAAUAUAAACAGUUGUAUCUUCUGAAUAAAGCCUGGAAGGCGUGUGAACGGGCGGCUGUUCAACCAGUGAGUCCAACUAGCAACACAUGCUAGCUUGCUAACUUUAAAAAGAGACCAAGGCCAGAAUAAAGAUGGAAACAAUACUUAACCUACCAAUCGAAAAUAAGAUAUUUUAUGCUGUUCUGGUGUUCUCAUGGACGGUGUAUCUAUGGGAGGCCUACCUUGCCUACAGACAGCGGAGAAUAUACAGGUUGACCAUGCACGUACCACAAGAGUUGGGAAAGAUCAUGGACACAGAUACCUUUGAGAAGUCACGCCUUUAUCAACUGGACAAGAGCAACUUCAGUUUCUGGUCUGGACUGUAUUCAGAAACUGAGGGGACGCUGAUCCUGCUGUUUGGUGGAAUCCCUUUCGUUUGGAAAGUUGCUGGGACAGUGACUGCUCGUUUUGGAUUGGGUCCAGAGUAUGAGAUCUUCCAGUCUCUUUCGUUUCUGAUACUAGCAACCCUGUUCAGUGCAUUCACUGGCCUUCCCUGGAGUAUCUACAACACCUUUGUUAUUGAGGAGAAGCAUGGCUUCAACCAGCAGACGCUGGGGUUCUUCCUAAAGGAUGCUGUAAAGAAGUUUAUUGUGACCCAGUGUAUCUUGUUGCCUGUGACCUCACUGCUCCUCUACAUCAUCAAGAUUGGUGGAGACUUCUUCUUCAUCUACGCCUGGCUCUUCACACUGGCUGUCUCGCUUGUUCUGGUGACCAUCUAUGCGGACUACAUUGCGCCCCUAUUUGACAAGUUCACCCCUUUGCCAGAGGGUGAGCUGAAGGAAGAGAUUGAAAGCAUGUCGAAGUCUAUCAGUUUCCCUCUCACUAAGGUCUAUGUUGUAGAAGGUUCCAAGCGUUCCUCUCACAGUAACGCUUACUUCUAUGGGUUCUUCAAGAACAAGCGCAUAGUGUUGUUCGACACCCUGCUGGAGGACUACUCUCCCCUCAACAAGGACGGCGAGCCAGAGACUGACACACUAACCGAGGACAAAUCCAAGCUCAAGAACAAGAAGCAAGGCUGCAACAAUCCAGAGGUCUUGGCGGUGUUGGGCCACGAGCUUGGCCAUUGGAAGUUGGGCCACACUGUGAAAAACAUAGUAAUCAGUCAGAUGAACUCCUUCCUGUGCUUCUUCCUCUUUGCUGUGCUAAUUGGACAGAAGGAGCUGUUCAUGGCCUUUGGUUUCUAUAACAGCCAGCCCACUUUGAUUGGGUUGAUGAUCAUAUUCCAGUUCAUCUUCUCCCCAUACAAUGAGGUCCUGUCCUUCUGUCUGACUGUCCUGAGCCGCAGGUUUGAGUUCCAGGCGGACUCCUUUGCACGGGGCAUGGGUCGAGCCUCGGAGCUCUGCUCUGCACUCAUCAAGCUCAACAAAGACAACCUGGGCUUCCCUGUGGCUGACUGGCUCUUUUCCAUGUGGCACUACUCCCACCCUCCCCUCCUGGAGCGCCUACGGGCCCUGGGAAGCACCAAGCAGGACUGAUGAGUCCCAAAAGGAGAGCCACGCCAGCUGCCUCUCCCAAAGGGUCUCCACAUGCCUCUUCUGGCACUCUAAUGUAGUCUCCCCUAUUUUCCUCUCUGUUUCCCUAUUUUUGUUCUCCUUUAUCCCUGCCAUUAUGUUCCUUUUUUGGUAA